AUGCGCUUCGCGUCCACAUCAACAGUGCUUGCACUCCUCGCUAUACACGCUCCAUUUGUCCAGGCAGACAUGCACUCAGCUGCUGUAUGCAUCGACAAAAUCGGAGGCCAGCCCGUCUACAACGAAGCUGCAACACGGGCGGCAUGCGAAGCCUACAAGAACAGAAACACUGGUGAUGAGCAAUGGGAUCAAUGCCCCGAUUGUGAGAUGGAAGUUAUCGGAAACCUGAACGUCUGCCAUUCAGAAGAGUGGCAUCUUGGCGGAGACGAGAUCAACUACUACUGUGAUCAGCAAAAUGGUGCAGGAAGCAUGGCGAACUGA